CGCACACUUCCAUCUGUCAGUCAGUUCAUUAAUGGCGUGCCUUUGGCACUCGUAACACUUCUCCGUAUACAAACCUCUCGCAAACGCCGCGAAAAUGACGUCCACGGGCAUCCUGCCCACGUAUCAGCGCUUUAUUAACGGGGUGCCAGUGCCGUUCUCGCGCCGCUCCUUCCGCGCCCGCGAGAAGUACGUCAUCUUCUCCGUGUUCGUCACCUUCGGCCUCAUCUGUUUCGGCACCUUCUUCUUCCUGCCCGAGUUCCGCGGCAACUCCUCGGAGAGCGUAUACAAAGUGUAUGACCAGAUCAAGCGGGCCGGGCCCGAGCUGCUCAUCCCGCCGCCGCCGCACCUGGAGGAGGAGGGCCAGCGGCUGCUGCGGCACGAGGAGGACGUCAGGGAGGACCCGCAUGUGGCGGACGACAGGGAGAAGCUGAAGGCGAAGAUCGACGAGGACCGGGAGUUGAAGGUGCUGGAGAGGCCGGGGUUGCGAGGCUCGUCGACGGCCAGGGUGGACGAGAACGUAGGGAGGGAGGAAGUCGGAGAUGUGCCCCAGGAUACGGGGGUGGUGACGGUGGCAGCGGCGGCGAGUGACCACUAUCCGCUGGUGGCGGGCGGAGAGGACGCGGACCCGGUGGCAAGGGAAAGGAGGAAUAAGGUCAAAGAGAUGAUGAAACACGCAUGGGACAACUAUGUGCGGUACGCCUGGGGCAAGAACGAGCUCAAGCCCAUCAGUAAGCGUGGCCACAGUGCCAGUAUUUUUGGUACUUUACCAUUGGCGGCGACUAUCCUCGAUGGACUGGACUCCCUGUAUAUCAUGGGAAUGAAAGAUGAGUUCAAGCAAGCGAGGGACUGGGUGGCGAACGAGCUCGAUUUGAACAGUAUGGCGUCCGACGUGUCCGUCUUCGAGACGAACAUCAGAUUCGUGGGUGGAUUAUUGGCCUGCUUCGCUCUCACAGGAGACGUCAUGUUCCGAGACAAGGCCCAACAAAUCGCAGACAAACUAUUGCCAGCAUUCCAGACCCAGACAGGCAUCCCGCAUGCACUGGUCAACUUGAAAACCGGAGCUAGUAAGAAUUUCGCGUGGGCCAGCGGCGGAUCAAGUAUUCUCUCCGAAUUCGGAACACUCCAUCUGGAAUUCGCUUACCUGAGUGACGUCACAGGCCAAGCCAUCUACAGAAAUAAAGUAGACCACAUUCGCCAAUUCCUACAGAACCUCGAAAAGCCGAAUGGGCUCUAUCCGAACUAUUUGAAUCCAAAAACUGGAAAGUGGGGCCAGCACCACAUGUCCAUGGGCGCCCUCGGCGACAGCUUCUUCGAAUACCUCCUAAAAGCCUGGCUCCAAUCCAACAAGGAAGACAACGAAGCCCGCCAGAUGUUCGACGACGCCAUGCAGGCCGUCCUCCAGCACAUGCUCUUCACCUCCGCCGGAGGCCUCAUGUACUUCGCCGAGCUGAAAUUCGACCGGCCCGAGCACAAGAUGGACCACCUCGGCUGCUUCUCGGGCGGCUUGUUGGCUCUCGGCUCCAAGACCCUCAAAAACGACAUGUCGGACCGCUACAUGGACGUGGCCAAGAAGAUCACGAGCACGUGUCAUGAGUCGUACGACCGGAGCUACACGAAGCUGGGGCCCGAAGCGUUCCGUUUCACGGAGGGGGCGGAGGCCAGGGCGCUGAAGAACUCGGAGAAGUACUACAUCCUGCGGCCGGAGGUGAUCGAAUCGUACUUCUACAUGUACAGGCUGACGAAGGACCAGAAGUACAGGGACUGGGGCUGGGAGGCGGUGCAAGCGUUGGAGAAGUGGUGCAGGGUGCCGGGCGGGUACACAGGCCUGAAGAAUGUGUACUCGGAGGAUCCGCAGAAAGAUGACGUGCAGCAGAGCUUCUUCCUGGCGGAGACGCUUAAAUACUUGUACCUGUUAUUCUCCGACGACAGCUUACUCUCCUUCGACAACUGGGUGUUCAACACUGAAGGCCACCCCUUCCCCAUCAAGGGAGUGAAUCCGUUCUACCGAGAAGCGUCAGUGUAAUUAACCUAGAGACAAUUUAGAUGAUUUUCCGACUGAUAGACUUGAUUAUUUUAAAGUUACUUACUUCAUAGAUAUAUCGGUGACUUGGCUAGUGUGAGUGUGACUUGUGACUGCUGAUGUAGAGUGAACGUGUAACUAAUCUACAUUGACUCACUCUGAAAUUGUACAUAGUUGAAAUAGGCAAAAAUCGGUUUAUACUCGUUGCUGCUUAAUUAAAAACAAUCAAAUCUAGGUUAGUGUUUUAGCUUGUUUAGUGAAGCUAAAUGGACAAUUUUUGACUACUGAGUAGUCACCGUCAGUAACUUAUUUAACUAAAACAUUUAGCUGAACUAAGUGAUCAAACGGAUGCAGCUUUUAUUUUAUACUACACUUUUUAGUUUAAGAGAUCUAUAGAUGCCAAAUUUGUGGGUGAUUAAGCAACAACUUGUAUAUACAUAGGUCAAUUGUAUAAAUUUUGAUUUGUAAAUUUUUAUAAAUAAUUUUAAUAUAUCUGUUAACGAAACUGUGUAUACAGUUCCUAUCAUAGGUACAGUGGGGCAAUGGUAUUUAUUACUUAUGUUUUGUAAAUGGUAUUGUUAUUGUUUUUCGUUUCUCUCUUAAAUUAUUGUGUAAAAUCUAAAUCAAAGUGUUCGUAUAAAAAUUGAUCAUGUGAUAGAACAAAUUAUUGUAAUUAAAAUUCCAUCAUCCAA